AUGGUGCAAAAGCCACGUUUGUCAUCCUCCUUUGCCCGAGUUCAGGUCGGUGGGGCGUACGGUGCUUCGUCUUCGGUAAUGGACACCCAUGCAAACCGCAAAGCCUGGGGUCUCCAUGACCCCAUCACUCAACUGUUUUUUCGUCUACUCGGUGCUGCGGGGUAUAGAAUUAAAACGCACUAUGAUCAUGGAAUGCCGAUUGGGAGUGCUGUGCUCUCUCGACUAGUCAACUUCCUUGGCCAGCUGAUUCCUCUGAUUCGCCAUCUCAGUGAGGCGAAUAUGGAUCUCUGCGUAUUCUGCCGAAACAACAAUGAAACCUUCGAAAUGUACACAAGCCACAAGGUGAAGGACAGGGCGGGUCGUGUCAUGUGCCCGGUCCUGCGUCGGUUUGUGUGCCCCUUGUGCACAGCCACGGGGGACAAUGCUCACACCAUUCGCUACUGCCCCCUCUCGGCACAGAACGCCGCCGCCUCCCUCAGGAUGCGCGCCUUGACGUCCGCUCAGCGUCCUUCGGGUACCACGCAAAAUCUCUCAGGACCGCCUGUCAGUGCUUGGGACUCGAGCGUUAGCGCUGCAGGCGGGACGCUGGGCAGGUUCAGGGGCAGUAAUCCCGUCGACCGCCUCUUAGUGGAAGUGUACAAUAAUCUUUCGCUCAAAGUUGAGUCUCGCUCUUACCGUCUAACUCUUUUUGCGGCCAGUGUUGUCUCCGGCAGUCUGUUCAACUUGGGCCAGUCGGCAAACCAGGGCACGCCUUCAAGCGUCUGA